AUGGCCGGCAGUGAAGAGACAAUGGAGGUGGAGGAUUCUAACGGCUAUUCGUACGGAAAUAAGGUUAAGCUGAGGCUCAAAGAUCCGUCUAAGGAGAUGCUGUCUAAACAAGCAGUUCAAACCAAGGAGAUUUUAUCCAAACAAGCCGUUAAGAUAGCUAAACAGGCCGAGGAGCACGAGAGGUUCAUCAACAAGGUGACACAUUUGCUGGGUGUUCUUGGAUUUGGAGGCUUCUGCUUUAUUUUGGGUGCAAGGCCCCAGGAUGUUCGGUAUCUGUAUUGCUUGUUCUAUGUAAUUUUCGUCCCACUUAGGUGGAUUUAUUACCGAUACAAGAAAUGGCACUAUUAUCUUCUGGACUUUUGCUACUAUGCGAACACGAUAUUCUUGAUCAUGCUUCUCUGUUAUCCCAGAAAUGAGAAGCUUUUCAUGGUUUGCUUCUCGUUUGCAGAGGGACCAUUGGCCUGGGCACUAAUUGUUUGGCGGUGUAGCUUGGUCUUCAAUUCUAUGGACAAAAUCGUGAGCGUCUUUAUACAUCUCCUGCCUGGAUUGGUUUUCUUCACAAUCCGUUGGUGGGACCCAGUGUUUUUUGAAGCCAUGCAUCCCGAGGGCACGGCUCGCAGGGCAUCGUGGCCCUACGUAGAAAGCAAGUCAUAUCUGUGGACAUGGCUUUUCUUUGUCCCUUUAGCUGCUUACCUUUUGUGGCAGUUUCUUUAUUUCCUCAUUGUGAACGUGCUACGCAGACAGAGACUGCUUCGAGAUCCAGAAGUUAUGACUUCAUACAGGGAGCUCUCUAAAAAAGCACAGAAGGCAAACAACAUUUGGUGGCGCCUAAGUGGGUUGCUCGGGGACCAAAACCGAUUGUUCAUGUACAUUCUGUUUCAGGCUAUGUUCACUGUGGCCACGACAGCACUUACGGUUCCAAUUUUCUUGUCCUAUGAAUUACACGCCACUUUUCAAGUACUUAAAGCCUCUGCAACUGUAUGGAACGGUGGUAAUUUCUUACUAGAAGUCAUGCCAAGGCAAGUCAUUCUCAAAGAAAAGAAGAAAACCGAGAUCCCGCCUGUGCCUGUUGAUGCUCGGCUCGACCAGUCGGUGAACGAGAACACAGUAAAAUCGGACGAUUCUUGUGAGGUUAUAGAAUCAUUGGCCACAGUGCAUGAAGAUUAA